AUGUUGGAAGGAAAAGAAUAAAUGAGAGAUGUAAUAAAUAAUUAUUCUCUGAAGCUUUAAGAUAAGAGGAUGAACAAUCUAUUUAAUAAAUACUAGAUUGAUUUGCAAGCAGGGUUUACCGUUCUUUUUUCAAAGCUCAUCCUUUUUUAUAGUAUAUUUUGUCUUGUUGUCAAUCUUAUAUUAUAGUAUAAAAAUGUGAUUAAUUGGGUUAUCUAUUCUCUGAGCUUAAUUUUUAGCAUAAUUAAUAUAAUUAUAAAUAAAAAGUUUCCAAAAACAUCUUAUUGGAUGACGAAUAUAUAUAUAUUUACUAUUUUCGGUCUUGUACUAUCAAAUAUUUUAAUAAAAAUGGAAUGUUCUUUCAACCAAACUUUGCUUGAUGUUAGAAGAUAUGCUUCAUUGAUGAUAUUGAUUUUAAAUUAUAUUUCUAAUUGGCUUGUUAAAUUUGUUUUGAUUGUUGGGGCAAUGAUAGUACUAUAAGUCCUUGGUUACAGUUAUUUCUUAGAAUAAGAAAAUAUUAAUGCUCUCUUUUUUGAAGCAACUCUUCUUUUGAUACUUUAUAUGAAAGAUAAAAAUGAAAAGUAAUAAUUUAUUUAGUUUCAUUUUAAAUAUUAGCAACUGUCUUUGCAAUAGAAUUUCAUAGAUAAGUUAAUACCUUAUUCAAUGAUAAUUCUUUCCAAAGAUGAUCUACAGUAGUCAUUAUAAUCUUAUUUAACAAAGAAUUCACUGAACAUCUUAAAUAAAUAAACACUAAAUGGGAUCAAUACAGAUAAUUAAAGCUAAAAUGGCAGUAAAUAAUACUUUCAGUAAAAUAAUAAUUAAAAAAAGAACAGUGUCCUUGAAAAUAACAAUUCUGUUAUGUCAUGGGAUGAAAUUAAAAUAGAAUACGCCAAUUAAAAAUGUACUGAGCUGUUUAAAACAUCUGAUUUGUCUGAAAUUAAAUUUAAGCUCCAAACAAUCAAUACAUAUGAGAAAAUUGCUGAAAGAUCUAUGAAUUUCUAAGAGAAGCAAACAAAUUAAUAUCUCCUAGAAGAUAUCCUUUAAGAACUAGUUUCUGGAUAAUGCCAACUGAAAAGUGAUUUAUUUAAAUAAAAUUAGGAAGCACAAAACAAUUACUAAAACUAAGAAUUUGAGAUUUUUGAUGUUAUGGAAUCAAAAAAGCAUUUUAUAAUUGAUGCCCAACUUUUUAGAGCUAAAUAUGCUAUUUGUAUCUGGAGCAAAAAACCCUGCAUUCUACUUUUGUUCUUGAAUGAGUCUCUCCAAAAAAAGAAUAAUCACUUGUAGCAGCUAAAUCAAUACAAAGAUAGGCUACUAGCAACAGUCUCACAUGAUUUGAAGACACCUCUGAACUGCAUAAUCUCAGUUACUGAUUAUCUCAAGACAAACUUAUAAUAAGAAAUGCAAACAUAUAGUGAAUAAUCUUCUCAAUAUUAAAAUCAAUCUGAUGCUAAUGGGUCAACUAAAUAUUUAAACUAAUCCGAUAUUAAUGGAUCUUACAUUAGAUAUCCAAAUUAACUUUCGCUAUUUUCUUAAAAGAACUAAAAGAACUAAAAUCUAUUAGAUUCUAAAUUAGAAGUUACAAAUUCAAAUUGCAUUUAUAAUUCUGAGAGCAACUAAAUAUAGAAUUAAAAAAUGAGUAGCAACAAAUAAAACCAUUAAUAAUAGAAAAAACAAUCACUUGAGUAUUUAUAAUUAAUCUAUAAUAACUCUAUGAUGUUAUUGAAUAUGAUUAAUGAUAUUUUAGAUUAUUCUAAAUUUAACAAUAAAAUUAAAAUCAAACCAAAUGUAUCAUAAUUUCUAUUAUCAGAAGUCAUUCAGGAGGUUUAUGAUAUUUUCUCAUUUUAGGUUUAAUCAAAAUAAGUAAAGCUGGUUCUAGAUUCAAACAUGAAUAUAACACUUAACACUGACAGAAAUAGAGUAAAGUAAAUAAUAAUGAAUUUAGUGAGCAACUCUUUAAAAUUUACAAUUUAAGGAUACAUUAAAGUAUCUGCAGUAGAAAAUUUAGAAUAAAAUCUUGUUGGAAUAUCUGUUGAGGAUACUGGAAUAGGAAUGUCAGACAAAAUUAAGUAACAACUUUUUAAAGAUUACCAGACAUUUAAUCAAGAAAAUUUAAAUCAAAACGGGAUAGGACUGGGAUUAACGAUUUGUAAAAAAUUUGUUGAAAUGCUUGGAAAAGGUACGGGAUUUUCGGUAGAUUCAGCAGAAGGUUAAGGAUCAAAGUUUUAUUUUGAAAUAUUAAAAAGUUACACUCAUGAUAGUGAGAAAAAUGAAUUCGAUAUAUAUCAUUAUAUAAAAGAUGAGUUUGGUAUGGACUCACCAUUAAAAUAGAUAGAAAAACCUCGAAUAUUGAAUCUAAACUCUACUACAGUAUAUUCUUAAAAGAAUAAUUAUUUUUUAGAUAGUAACAGCUAAGAUUAAAUUAAAAAUAAUUAAAAUUAAUUUAAUAUUAACAACAUUUUAUCACAACAAUAGAAUAUUGAAUUGUCUAAAAUUAUUGAUUAACAACCUAAUUCUCCAAGCUCCUAAGAAUGGAAUUUUAGCUAAUCUUAUAAAAAGGGAUCGAUUUUAGCAAAUAAUAUUAGAAAAUUAUCUUCUAACUAUGAAUAAGAAGACGAUAUUCCUACUGAACUUGCUUAAAUAGAUUGUUCAUCAUUAAGUUAGGCUAUUAUGUAGAGAAAUAUUAUAUAGCAUAAAAAUACUUUUUAGUAAAUUUUCAAAAACUCUCAGCAAAUUAGGGAUACUAAGAAGUAAAGAAAAAAGAAAAUAAAUAUAAUGAUUGUAGAUGAUUCUUAAUAUAAUUUAAUUACUCUAAAAUUGCAUUUAAAUCCUAUUAGUUGUGUGAGUAUAGAUGAGUUUUUAUUUGCAGAAGAAGCUCUCAAACAAUUUUUGUAUAAAGACUAUGACAUUGUCUUUUCUGAUGUGCAGAUGCCUAUUAUGGAUGGGAUCUAGUUUGCUCAUAAAAUUAGAGAAAAAGGAUAAAGUAUUCACUAGCCUUUAAUCAUAAUGGUUUCAGCAGAUACCUAAGAAAAAUAUGAUAAUGAAUUGCUAGGACUUUCUAUUUCUGCUUUUAUCAGUAAGCCAAUAGUAGAUAAAUCUAAAUUUCAAAAUAUGAUCUACUCUUUAAUUGACUAAUUAUGA